AGUCGGGGCCCGGUCUGUCACUGUCACAGAGAGAAUGCUACAAUGAGCACCUUCUUAGAUUACUCAGUGAUGAGUGGAGACGGCGGCUCCUGCUCUACUACCUCGUACCACUCAGACCACGGAAUUACAACUUUUCAGUCUUGUGCUGUCACAGCUAAUGACUGCAGCGGGGAUGAUCGCUUUAUUGCCAGUCGAGGUUCACCAGGUGGCAUUCCUACACACCCUCACCAAGCGGGAUCAUACCAACCUCACGGCCCACUGGGCAUCACAUACGCCACCCAUCCGGGCUGCGGUUCUGGCUACCCCCCCCAGAGUUUUUGUGCUAAUUACAAUCACUACACCUUGAACCAAGACGUGGAUUCUAACACUGGAUAUUCACAAUGUGGCCCCAUCGUUUACUCUGGGAACGUUUCGUCAUCUAUGGUGCAGCAUCGCCAAAGUUACAGUGGGGCGUCUCUUGGACAGUUUCAGUAUACUCACGCUGCCUAUGCGCACGAGCAGUCCAACCUCACAUUUGCAGGAUUCACGAACCCUCUGUCACCUCUGCAGGUAUCCCACCGUGACUCGUGCUGUUCGCCCCUGUCCGAAAGCUCAACUCCAACGCAGACAUUUGACUGGAUGAAAGUCAAAAGAAACCCCCCUAAGACCGGUAAAGCGGGAGAGUACGGCUUCGGCGGACAGCCGAAUACGGUCAGGACCAACUUUACUACUAAGCAGCUUACAGAGCUUGAGAAAGAGUUUCACUUCAACAAGUACCUGACGCGAGCGAGGCGCGUGGAGAUAGCCGCUGCGCUGCAGCUGAACGAGACUCAGGUGAAAAUUUGGUUCCAGAACCGUAGAAUGAAGCAGAAGAAGCGCGAGAAGGAAGGGAUCUUGCCGAAAUCCCCGUCGGGACAAGUGGAGAACGAGGAGAAAAACGAAGACGCCUCAGAAAAAUCACACUCUGUCCCGUCCACACCUUCUCCAGCUUCGUCUACAACAUCUUCAGCGCCUGACCCUUACAUCUCUAGCUAGAUGAUUCUUGUCAUCUGCCCUGCUAGGUCAACACAAAAUAUUACCCCGUAUGACAUGUGACAGCAUUGUACAUAACUUUAUGUCGUAUGCAGAUAACUCGAGAAGAACAUAAAUGCACUAAGAGGGCGUUUAGAGCAAGGUAAUUAAGCCUGGAACAUUUUAUUAAUUUAAUGUGUUAAAUGUACGUGAUAUGUAGAGCGCAAGUAAGUAACUUGGCCUUUUCACUCCAGACGCUUAACAUUUUUAGAUUUUUUACACGAAGUGGUUUGGGUAUACUGUAGAGUUGUAACACUUGAAUGAAAACUGCAGGUUGUACGAUAAACGUGUGACAGUCGAUUAGAACUUUAAGAAGACGGAGUUCAGGAGUGUGCAGGUCUGUAGCGGAAGUUCAACCGCACUGACGCCGCAACGCCACAUCUGAGAAGCGUACACUGAAUUACAAUCACCUGAAAACGUCUUUAAAUACCUCGUAAUAUCAGCCUGUUUGCUGCUGUCUCAAAAGUAAUUUGUGGCCAGAUGAAUGUAUUAUGUAAAGUUCGCAUGAUGUGCAACGCUUUCAUGUAUUUUAUUGGACACUGAGUUUUAUCAGUUUGAAAGCAGGAGUGUCUGUAUUAUACAUAAAAAGUAUAGGGCACGUGCAAUGUGUUUCCCACAGCAGUGUUUACGGGUCAGUGUAUGUAUUAAAGCGCUCUUGAAUAUGUAUAUCAUCAUUUUGUACAUUUUACUCUGCCUUGCCCUCAGCCUUAACCAGGUUGCCACAUUUUAACCCAAAUAAUUCCGAUUUAUAAGAAGAUCCGAGGAGAAUCAUAUAGCCGGGUCAGACUUGAUUAUUGUUGUAACAUCAAAUCGGAAAUUAAACGAUUAGAGUGAUGUUCCUACAUUUACGGGAAACCGUGGCGUGUUGUUAGAAAUGUAGCUUAAAGGAUGACCCACACAUUAUUAGGCAGGGACCUUAAUUCUUGAAGUUUGUCACCUCAGUUAAACAUACAAAGUGUGAUUCUACGACAUUCAGCUGUGGAAGCUCAACGAGAACGACACAAUUGCAUACUGUAUUGUCCUAGAGCAUUCAAUCCGAAAUAAACACCGUAAUGAUUAUACUAAUAUCCCCCAAUACAUUCUCUUUCUCGGUUUCUCUAACUUCUUUCUGUAUAAGGGAAAGAGAGAGAUUGUGAUCAGCAUAACUCCUGACACCUGUCUCCAUAACUCCUGUGUCAGGAGUUAGUGUAGUAAUGCGGGGAGCAGCCGACACACCAGAGGCGCGUUUCCUGGAAGCUUCGUAACGCUAAGCACUUAGCUUUCUCGUACUUGAGAACAUUCUUUUAUUAGCGAGUGUUUCCAGAAACCCUUCCUAACUAGAGUAGUUCGUAAUCUCGUUCGUAAGUUAACGAAUGAGCCUACCCACUCGUUAUUUUCUUCAUCGUUCGUUAUCUUGCUCGUUAUUCGCUAAGAUCACCACAGGUCAGUGUCGUAAGUAUGGAAAAAUGAAUGUUCUUCUUAACUUUUAAUGAGAAACAUUAAAGGUAUAUAAAAAGCUUAAAGUCACUCAAAAACUACGAGGAUUACUGCCAAUAUUAAACUACUGGAGAACCAUCCAUGUUCUUCAAACAUGAAUAACUUCGACAAAAUGUAUUUAUCAUUUCAUGCUGCUAAUCUUCCAAGUAAUAUCAGCUUAUUGGUUUAUUUAUCUAUAUCAUUUGUAAAUGAAAGAGCAGGUCUAAGCAAAAUUUGACCAAAUAAUCAAUUUAACGAUACUGGCAGCAACUUGAAGGGUGGAGGCAGCAUGACAGGGAAAGCGGUGUGGAUUGUGGCUUAAUGCUGAAUACCAUAAUAAUCAGCACGGUUCAGAUUUCAUCCGAACGAAUGUCAAUGCUGUUUGUAAUUUCGACUUCAAGCGCGAAUCUUUGAUGACAGUAUCAAUUUCAGUACCGGAAUUACCACUUUCAAUAAUUGCCAUUUAGAUAACAUGUUUUUAAAGCUCUUUCAUUGGGAAGAAAUUCAAAAUUUAAAAUUAUUUUAAAAGAAAGUGGCAACUUUUGGUGCGAGUGUUACAAUGACAUCUAAGGCAUGAAAACUUACCCAGAGUAUUAAUAUUAUGAUGCACACUGAACAAUAAUAUAUUAAUAUAAGAACAUUGGCGGAUGGUUCUAAAUUUCUCUUUCGUCUCAGCAAAAUACUUCCCAGUUUUUUGUUUGAUGUUACUUCAGUUUUCAGUGCUCAAUGGCCACAAACGCAAAGCAUGUCAAAUGCUCGUUGAAAGAACUCUGACCAAACGUAAUUAGAAUAUAGAUCAACAGAGAAAUCUAUUUGUCUCAAAUUGUUAAACAUGACAAUAUAUGUUUGCAAUUCAUUAUGUUUUGUUGCGUUUCUAUUAUUUAAAAUGAGCUUCUAGGAAAAAGGAAUUGACGCAAGUUUUCGUUUCUUUCUUAUACAGAGUAUUGUGUGGUUCUAUGUCAACACAUUAUAGGGCAUUUAUUUAAUAUGAUUUACAGAUCAUUCAAUUCUGUUAAAGAAUAGUCUAUACAAUAAAAUUAACUAUUCUAUUGUUACCGCCGUGACCGUAUUUUUAAAGAUUUAUUUACUUUUUAUCUCCUUGAAUUCUUAGUUUAACAGAAACGUCUUCAUUGCUGAAAUAACACGUUCAUCGGCUAUUAACCGUUUGGAUAAAGUGUUCCAACUUGAAGUUCCUUAUUAUGUUGUAAAUAACCGAUGAUCAACUUCACCUUUACCUCGAAUCCACCUGAACGCUACGAGAAGUGUUUAUGCAGGUCAAAUAGAUAUGACCAGUCUGUCUCCGGAAGACGAACAGAAGCGAAAGCUCUAAGUCAAUGGAAAGCUUAUUUUCUGUGAAAUACAGCGUUAUGUUUCGCUUGCAGUGAUUCAGAUUUUCUUUUUGGUCUUUACCUUAAAAUACUUGUAAGGAACUUCUUAUAAACACUCGCAAAGCACGUCAGAUAUUGUUUUAGAGAUGUAAGUUAUUGUAUCGUAUUUCUUUAUGCAUGCAUUCUCAUUCUUAUUAAAUUAUUAA